UCGCCCUUUUUGACUUCAACCCAACCAGCCGCCGCACGCACGCCUGCAUUUUCUCCUGCUCUGCACCUUUUCUUCCAUCUCCUUCCGCUUCCGCGGCGCUCUUCAAUGACUCAACCACCGAACACCACCUCCAGAAACCACUGAAGACCCGCUUGCAUUCUCCUUCUUGCCCUACCCAAAUUCCUGCUGCUCUCCCUCUCCCAUCCGACCCCACGAAAUUCCCUUCUUUCCAAUCCCUUCCGGUGUCCUCCUCCAAUGGCGGCGCCCCCCAAGGAGCCGCUGGUCAUCACCGACAAGGCCGAGAUGCGGGAGUGGUCGAGGUCCGCGCGGCGCCAGGGCAGGACCAUCGCCCUCGUGCCCACCAUGGGUUUCCUCCACGAGGGCCACCUGUCCCUCGUCCGGGAGGCCCGCCGCCGCGCCGACGCCGUCGUGGUCUCCGUCUACGUGAACCCCGGCCAGUUCGCCCCCUCCGAGGACCUCUCGACGUACCCAUCUGAUUUCGAGGGCGACCUGGGCAAGCUCAGGGCCGUCCCCGGCGUGGACGUCGUCUUUCGUCCCCAGAAUCUUUACGACUACGGUCAACGCGAGGUCGGUGGCUCUGGCGUUGAGAGCGAUAAUGGGUCCGUGUCUUGUUUGGAGGAGAAGGGCAUGGGGCACGAGGCGUGGGUGAGGGUGGAGAGGUUGGAGAAGGGCAUGUGCGGGAAGAGCAGGCCCGUGUUCUUUCGAGGGGUGGCCACUGUGGUCACCAAGCUGUUCAACAUUGUGGAGCCGGAUGUGAGUGUUUUCGGGAAGAAGGAUUACCAGCAGUGGCGGAUCAUUCGGCGGUUGGUUCAAGAUCUUGACUUUUCCAUACAAGUGAUAGGUUCUGAGGUCAUGCGAGAUCAUGAUGGCCUUGCGCUAAGCUCACGCAAUGUGCAUCUCUCACCUGAAGAAAGGGAAAAGGCAUUGUCCAUAAGCAGGUCAUUGUCAAGAGCUAAAUCUGCUGCGGAAAAGGGUCAAGUUAACUGCCAAAAUCUAAAGGACUCCGUCAUCCAAGCAAUACAGGAAGCUGGUGGGAAGAUUGAUUAUGCUGAGAUUGUAGAUCAAGAGAGUUUAGAGGCAGUUGAAGAAAUCAGGAGCCCCGUCGUCUUCUGUGUCGCCGCCUGGUUUGGGAAGGUCAGGCUGAUUGAUAACAUAGAAAUCAAUGUAUGAAGGAACACCUUUGUGCUCGUCAUCUCAUCAUGAGGAAGGGUUCUCUUUUUCUUUCUGCUUCUGUGGCAGCCGAAAUGACUGGUCUCUGUCGGUGGCAUUUACACAAUAACUGCUGUGUUAACGCAUCAUUUUUGUUUUUCCCCCGAUUAGCAGAGUUACUCUGAUUUUGACACAGUUCAGAGGCUGGUCACUUGAGGAUUAUCAGCCCUCAAUUCAUUUUAUGAAGCAUCCGUGGAGCUGACACGGUCAAUAUACAAACGACAUUGCAA